GAUAUGAAUUUUGUUGUAUUGUUACUGUUAGCUUGAUCGCUGGCGUCGACUGUCUUUGCUUAAGAAAAACCUUGCAAAUUGCCCCGCAAAUUGCAUUUAUAUUUUGUACUUCUUUUUCACCUCAAAGUCUGACAUUCACCAGGAAAUUACCAGAUAUGACAACUCUUCGUGCAAGUACUUCCAGCUUUAAAUUGAAGGAAUGUUCUUGGCCAUUCUUUUCCUCAUUGGUCUCGGAGGAAAUGUCGUCUGCUACGUUACAGAAAAUUUUCAAGAAAAAUUGUCAAAAGGUUUGCCAUCUUACGAACCACCAUGUUUUCUCUCACCAUCUGAGGUGUCAGUAUCCAGGAGAAGUUCUAAUCAAGGAUUUCACAGGACUGUUCAUACCAAUGUGAGUGUUGUUUUCAGGUUUCCCUGUCAUCAAUGUCGGUUUAUGAUCCUUGAAAAUUUACCCACUGGGAUGUUUGUAGAUGCUUAUCAACUCAAGAAUCUAGAAGGGUUUGGUGCUCCAGCAGUACUAUUCCUAGAUGAGAUAGAUGUGGAGAAGCCAGAACAUCUUUCACCCAACCACACCAUAGCAAUCUACACACCUCCCAUCAAAACAGCUAGCAGUGAUCACAUGAUCAGUCACAUGACUGCAUCCAUUGACCAACCAGUUCACCUCAGGUACCACGCUCCUUCCAGUGACCCGGAAGUGAAUCAUGCGGAGGUCUACCUUCCACAUCCUGAGCUCUUCAUGUACUGCACAGACUGUUCCCUGGAUACCUGCUCUAACAAUACAGGAUUGAUGAGGGCACCAUGUUCUGCAGCUAAUCAUUCGAUCUGCUCUUGGACACCACUGGAUUAUACCAUGGACACCUAUGAAGAGCUAGUAUUCAGAGUGCCUGUAGGAAAGGAAUGGCAAAGCCAAGCAGUGACCAUCAUAACCCUCACCACAAUCAUCGUAGGACUGAUUGUGCUUUUGGUUGCCAUGACAACGAACAAGAAGACAAAGAGGAUGAAGAAGAGAUGAUACAGACUAAAAUUGUAAUGCAGUAUCAUGAUCUGGCGCAGAUGAUAAGGAAGAUUACUGUGUGUUUUCAUGGGGAAUCGGACACCAUUUGGAUGUAAAUCACCCAGAGUAGGACGAUAGCAAUGACCAGCAGAAAUUAUGUUCUGCCACUGGAAAUUGCCUCAUGGUAAAGUCAUUAUCUCACUUCUCCCCGACCAGACAGUUGCCCGACGCUAGGCUUAGCCGAAGAAUUUCUUGCUGGGACAUCGAGUUGGCUCCCUCCCAAAAAUGUCUCUGAUAUAGAUAUUUCCAUUGCUUUUCACAAAGUCUAGGGUCUGCAAAUAAUAACGUACUCCCACAAAAGCCGACUGCAUUGUGUCUGGAUGAGGAAAUCUGAAAACGGUUUUAUUAUCAUUAUAAUUUGUGUCACCUGUGCCUGGAAGGAGAAAAGUAGGCUGAAUCACUUUGGUCUGACUUUUUUGUUGUUGUUGUUGAAUGCCAAUGCCAACACCAGUGUGUUGGCUCAGUUGGUAGAGCGUCCGUCUCACAACCAGGAGGUUGGGGGUUCAAACCCCGGCUGCGUCACACCAAAACAUGUUAAAAGAUGGGAGUUGCUACUACCGUUUGGCGUUCAACGGUUAAAGGGAUAGAGCGUCGUUGAUCUGGCGCUGCACAGCGGCUGCCGGGCCCACGAUCAAUUUGGCAAAGCAAAUUUUCGGAGUAUUUCAUUUCAUGUCCAUUUCGAACAAUAAUGAAGUAAUAUUGUGGAUGUUUAAUAAAUUUUUACACAGGUUAUGCAAUGACCAGUGAGCUGCUUGAGCUAAAUGAUAUGUACAUAUUGGGAGAUGAAACCUCUUUGCUAGUGAUAAA